UUCCCACACGGACACAUGGACACACGGACACCGCCACCCCACAGCGCGGAUCCCCGGGGGGCCCGGAUCCUCCGCCAUCCCCCCGGGGCUCUCGGAAACUUUCCGCCCUUUUUUUUUCCAAGUUUCUCUGCCUCCGCCUCCCCUCCGGCGGAGGCCGGGCUGCCUGAGCGAGCAGCACAACUUCCCCGGCCGGGAGGAAGGCGAGGAGGAGCUCGGCGCCGAGGGGUGGGGGGAGAUGGAGCCGGGGCGUGGGGAAGCCGCUCCCGCCUUCCUCCUUCUCCUCCUCCUCCUUCUCUUCUCGCCGGCUGCUCCAGCCCGGCACCAGGCGACCGCUGCCUCCCUGCCGAGCCGCAGCAGCCGGGACGUGCCUCCGGGAUGGGGGCGCCGCCGGUCGCCCCCAGCCUCCUGCUGCUGCUGGCCGGCGCCGCGGGGUUGUGCCGGGCUUUCUUCUCGCUGCCGCUCCGCGUGUCCCAGCCGGCCGCCCCCCGGGGGUCGCCGCCCGCCCCGGUGCCGCUGCGGCCGGGGAGCGGCGGGGGCCGGCAGCGGGAUGCCCCGGCAGAGCCGGGAGGCUUGGCCUUGGCCUCGGAGCCCGGGGGCAGCAUCAACUUUUUGGCCAUGGUGGACAACCUGCAGGGGGACUCCGGCCGCGGGUACUACCUGGAGAUGCUCCUCGGGACCCCGCCGCAGGCGUUAAAUAUUCUGGUUGACACUGGAAGCAGUAAUUUUGCUGUAGCAGGUGUGCCUGAUCCUGAUGUCACCUCCUACUUCAAUACAGAGCUGUCAAGUACAUACAAAUCUCAAGGGAUCGAUGUCACAGUUAAGUACAGUCAAGGAAGCUGGACUGGAGUGCUGGGUACAGAUGUCAUUACUAUCCCCAAAGGAAUUGAUGGCAGCUACACCAUCAAUAUUGCAACCAUUUUUGAAUCAGAGAAUUUCUUCUUACCAGGGGUUCAAUGGCAUGGGAUUCUUGGUCUUGCCUAUGGCACCUUAGCCAAGCCUUCAAGUUCUGUGGAGACGUUCUUUGAUUCUCUUGUGAGGCAGGCAAAGAUCCCCAACAUUUUCUCUUUGCAGAUGUGUGGUGCUGGACUGCCUGUUUCUGGAAGUGGUACCAACGGAGGUAGUCUUGUUCUAGGUGGCAUUGAACCAAGUCUCUACAGGGGUGAUAUAUGGUACACACCUAUCAAAGAGGAGUGGUAUUAUCAGGUUGAAAUUCUCAAGCUGGAGGUUGGAGGACAGAACCUGGAACUGGACUGCAGAGAGUAUAAUGCUGAUAAAGCGAUAGUAGACAGUGGGACCACUCUCCUCCGUCUGCCCCAGAAAGUCUUCAGUGCUGUUGUGCAAGCAAUAGCUCGCAAAUCCCUGGUACAAGAAUUCUCUUCUGGUUUCUGGACUGGUACACAGCUUGCAUGCUGGGAUAAAACUGAAAGACCCUGGUCUUUAUUUCCCAAACUCUCCAUUUACAUGAGGGAUGAGAACUCCAGCAGGUCAUUUCGCAUCUCUAUCCUGCCACAGCUUUAUAUUCAACCCAUCCUUGGAAUAGGAGAGAACUUGCAGUGCUACCGAUUUGGUAUCUCUUCAUCUGCGAAUGCGCUGGUUAUUGGUGCUACAGUCAUGGAAGGCUUCUACGUAAUAUUUGACAGAGCUCAGAGGAGAGUGGGCUUUGCAGUGAGUCCAUGUGCAGAAGUCGAUGGCUCUCCAGUAUCUGAGAUUGAAGGUCCCUUCACAACAGAAGAUGUUGCAAGCAACUGUGUUUCUGUCAUUUCUUUCCAUGAACCAGUGUUGUGGAUUGCCUCCUAUGCUCUCAUGAGCCUGUGUGGGAUUAUCCUCCUUGCACUGAUCAUCCUGCUGCUUAUUCCACCCCGUUGUCAGCAUCGCUACACUGACAACGACGUGGUCAAUGAUGAGUCCUCCUUAGUGCGACACCGAUGGAAAUGAGAACCUCAGUUGUGAAACCUGGGACUUCAACAGAAUGAAGAACAAAGUACUUUGCCAACAGGAAGAAGCCAAUGCCUCAGUCCUUUUUACAUCCAUUACAAAUUGCAGUGGAAAUCCCUCCCAAUACCACAACUUUUUACGCUUUAUUUUCUAACACUGAUUCUGAACCAAAGCACUGUUAACCACCUCAUAAGUGCUACGGUACUGGAUUUGCUACUGCAGUACAAAGAGCCUUUAUGCUCUCAGUAGUACCUUCUUUUUUAAAAAAAAGAGAAAAAAAAAACAACACCAUAAUGUUCUUCCACUAUCUGAACAAAAUUGUCCAUUCUUCUUUCACAAAAAAGGAGUUGUUAGUAUUUUCUAACUAAUCAAGCCCUGACUGUAAAAAAAAAAAAAAAAAAAAAAAAAAAAAGAAAAAGAGAAAAAAAAUAAUAACCUUUCUUACUAAUCAUAUUAAAUGAAUACUGCUUUGUGUUUACAUCAAUUCAUUUUGAAGCUGUGCUUAUGGUGCGGGCAAAAGAGAAAGGUCAGACAUAUGCAGCAGUAAAGCAAAUGAGGUCAAGAAGAAAUGUCAGUUUGGGUUUUCAUUCCUCAGAAUUACUGCUGCCACUUGAGAGGGUCACCAUUCCUGAGUCAUUGCAAAAUAGCUUGAGGAGGUAAAAACUGGGAAACAAACUUGUUCAGCCUUAGUGUAAAACAAGACUACCUCUCUUAAUUUUACAAGGAUGCUACCACUGGUAAGCAUGCGACUUAGAACUGGUCUUUAAACACAGGAUGUCCAAAUGUAACUCCUGUGCUUCUAAGUAGUUGAUUUUAUAGAAAUUAAUACUUCAUAACUUUCCACUUUGCUGCAUAAAAAAGCCUUUCAGUUUUCCCCCUAAUGUGGGGGUUUGUGUGGUUGUUUGUUUGUUUUGUUUUAAUUUAGGAUGAGUGAUAUUUAGUUAAGGCUGGAUUGCAAACAUAUAGACAUUAUAGUCCUAAAGUCCAUGUUCUGUCAUCUCUUUUCCUAUUUCUAGGAAUGCGUAACAAAAAGAAAACAAGAAAAUGAGAAAGACAAUGAUUUUCUUUGCUGAGCUCAGCAACAUAUAAGUUCAAGUGAAAAGUAUGUCUUCAUGGACAGACUGUGGAGUGAAAGCCUUAAUGCUGGCUUGUAUUUAAACAUGAGCAACGGUGGGAGGCUUUUUGUUUAGCUCCAGUGGUGUGUCAGUCAAAUGAAAAGUCUAUGUACUGACUGACUGAAAACACAUGCGGUGAGACUGAAAAAUAUGAAGGGAAAGAGAAGGAAGGAAAGUAUUUGCCAGACCUCCAUUGUGCAAGCAUAGAUUUUAAUGUAGAAGUCACAACAUGGCAUUUUCUUUGCAGACAGAACAACUUUUUGUGUAUCUAGUCAGUGAGCACUGCACCUCCAUCAUUUUUCCAGAGCACUUGCAUAGUGGGUUCAAAAGAUAAACAAUGCAAGGUUGAGGAGUCCAGUGACAAGUACUAGUUAUCUCUUUGAAAAAUAACUGGAAAAAAAAAAAAUCCUUUGCAUUUCAAUUGCACAGCAGUUUACAAAUCUGUGUGGGUAACAAGAAAAAAAAAAAAUAAUAAAAAAAAAAAGGAAGCUUAGCUCAGAAUCUCCCAAUCCUUUGCCUAGAUUUUUUUUCUGCCUGUAAUCCCUUCAUGCAGCUUUCUGAUUCACACUGCCUCUGUUUCUGACUCUCUGACUCUGCAGGGACUAAGCAAAGAUUUCUUUUUUUUUUUUUUUUUUUUUUUCAGGAAUGAUGCUUUUACAGAAGUACAAGUACUGUGUGUGAAAAUAAAGCACUGCUGUUUUUUAAACUAAUGUGUAUAUCAGUUCAUAACUGGAAGUGCCUGUGUUUUCCUUUUCUUUUUAAUUCCUGCACAUUCAGACUGUUUGGCUGCAUAAAGUGUAAUGAUUCAUGUUUUGAUCUAACAUAGGGAAAAGUUGAUUUUUUUUGGAAUUACGAGUUGCAAGUAGGAGGAAAUUCUGAGUUUGCCUCCUUCCUCCUCUUCCUCUUAGUUUGUAAGGGGAGAAAAGCAAUUAAUUAAAAGGAAUGUAAGAAACAACAGAGCUUAGGUGUUUUCUCCCUAGCAUAUCUUCCACUUGUCUCUUUCGCAAUGUCUUACAAUUAGAAUUUGUAGUGCAUUUUAUAAAAAGAAGCUAUGCCUUUGGGUUUUUCUUAAAGCAAUAGACUUUGCUCUGAAAAGAGUGAUGUUUCCAGUUCUGAUAUGGUUCCACGUCAUCCUCCUGUGUUGUGUUCCACACACAGCAAACCAUUUCAAAGUUAUAUUCCUUCUUCUACGGGACAGUAAUACAAGUAAUGCUUUUGUCACCUGUUUCAAACAGAAACACAUCGUGCAUGUUUGGAUUGAUACAGUGGUAAACAAUGAGCCCUUUCAGUUCAUAAAGUAGUAACAGUUGUAUGUAUUAGGUUCUUCCCUUUCCCUAAGCUCUCUUGCUUCAUUACAACAAGGAGUUUUACAAAGGAAUUUAUUGGGAAAGGUUCCUGGUGUGCUUUCUGACGACAAGCUAGAUAUCUUCUGAGUUGUUUAACAAAGUCUUCUUAGUGCAGAGGAUUUCACAUAAAAGCCUUUCAGUUUUACCCUUUUGUUUCAAAUGUCAUUGGUCAAGACAUUUUAAUAGAAAUACUUGAAUUAUAUGAGCAAUAAUCAAGUAGCAUAAAUGAAACAGUAAUAUAUUCUUGAGUUUUCAUGGCAUACCUCACCCCUAAAAUUUGGAUUACAGUAAAAAUGCUGUUAGUGACAUCUGCUAGCAGCACAAAAUUCAUCUCAGCUUAUAAAUUGAUACUUACACUGGCAGAUAUUCAGGUGAGUAUUGCUUUGUUGCUCUGGCAACAAGAAGAGCAAUAGAGGCCCUUGAGGGUUCAUUUUAGCCUACGGCACAUUAAGAAAAAUAAUGCUCUUGAGCAUUUUUCUACGAAAGAAUAAAUGCAAUGAUAGACUACAGUGUUACCAAGUGUGCCUCACCAGUGUUCUUUUUCCCCAAUAUAUUUUUUUUUAAAGUAGAGUUCCAUGAGGCAUUUUAUACUCUUGCUAACUAACUUCAGAGAUCAAAUUAAACCAUACCUAGUGGAAAACAAACAAAACAAAACAAAAAGCAAC